AUGUCAAUAUUAGAUAUACAGAUAGAUAAAACUCGCUAGAACUAAGGAGAAGCUAUUAAAUCUAAAGACUGGGAGCAAGUCAGAAAUAAAAUAUUUUAAGAAGAUGAAUUAUUAUGGAAUGAUUCAUAAUUUAUCAUAAACGGCAAAAAAGAAAAUCUAAAAAUAUAGUAAAAUAUUUAAAUAGAAUAAAACUAGGAUAUUUUAUAAAGAUAUGACAGCGAUUUGGGCAGCUCAUAGAUAAAGUCUAUAAGCUUUAAGAAUUAAAAUGGUCGUAAGUUUUAAUACAUUUCAAAAUUGACAAGUAGUAGAAGUAGGACUAUUGAAAUAGAUACUUCAAACUUUAAUGAAAUAUCUCGUAUAAAUUAGAUAGAUUAAUCGAUACCUACAAGGGAUUAGAGGAAUGAUACUUAAUGUUGUGAAUCUCUACAAACAAAUUAAAAUAAUAAUAAUAUUCGAACUAAUAACUUUAAAAAUUAUCCUUCUAAAGCUAUGAUAUGGGUCGCAAAGCUAAAACUAAGACUAAAAAAUUUUAAACUAAGCUUUAAUAAGACAAAAGAAUCUAAAUUGUUGAGUAGUGAGAUGCGCUUAAUGAUAAACGACUCCAGUGAUUCAAUUGAAGAAAAAGAAACGUUUUUUAAAACUCUAGAAAAAUGUUGUAGCAAAUUUACUGUAUUCAAUUACUUAAAAAAAAUUCCUCUUUACAAUCUAUCAAGCAAAUCAGGUUUUUAUAUCAAGCUUAUUCUUGUUUGGCUGAACAUAAUUUAUUUGCUUUUAUUCUCAAUUUUUAUAGUCUUUUAAGUAGAUGAUGAUUUCUCAAAAAAAGUUUUCUAAAUAAUCAAUAUUGUGUGGUUGAUUGAAUUAAUUUUCAAUCUUAAUUCUUAAAUUUAGCAAGACAUGGAAAUAAUUACUAGUAGAGGUAGAGCUUUCUUAAUUUAUAUUAAAAAGAAGCUCUUAUUUGAUUUAGUUCCUUUGAUACUAAAUUCGCAAUUUGAACAUACUUCUUCAGCUUUGCUGUUUUAAGUCUUUUAGUUCCUUAAAUUGCUUAACAUAAUUCAUGAUUUGAAGUAUGUAGAAUUGCAACUUUGUAUGAGAGUCAAAAAGCACUACUUAAUUCAGCUUAUCAAUCUUAUUUUCGGUUUAUUUUUUAUUGGUCACAUCAUUUCUUGUCUUUGGUUCCUAAUCGGAUAUGUAGAAAUCAAUUAUUUGAAAAAUCAGAAAUCAUGGCUGGCUGAUGAUAUGUAUACUGAUGCAUUCUGGUGGUAAAUUUAUUUUUCUUCUCUUUAUUGGUCUUUAACUUUAAUGUCUACUGGAUCAAAUAUUUGUUCAGCUAAUUUAGAAAUCAUGUUUACAGUAAUAAUUAUGCUUUUCACGAGCAUUUCUUUUGGAUAUAUAGUUACUAUUAUUGGGGAUAUUUUAUCUGAGAUGAACUCUAAUGAUCUAAAAAGAAAGUAAGACAUGAACGUCAUUAACAAUUACAUGCGUUAAAGCAGUAUAUCAAAGGAGUUAUAGGCAAAUGUUAAUUUGUAUAUGUAGCAAUAUUACCAAAAUAACUUUUAGGAAGAAAAAUAAAAUAAAUAAUUAGUGGUUAGUAAGUUAUCAAUCGAUUUACAAGAAAGCUUAAAGAGAGAAUAAUACAAAGAAAUUAUUUCAUAAAUUGAUAUUUUGUUUAAUAAAAUAAUAAGCUAUAAAGCUCUUUAAGAUAUCGCUCUCUAUAUUGAAGAAGAAUUUUAUUUACCUAAUCAAAAACUUAAGAUUGAUAACACUGACUAGUCGCUAUUAUUUAUCAUUUAAGGAGAAGUGGAAUUUUAGACUAGUCAAGGAGAGGAAAAUAUAAACAGCAAUUAUAAUAAAAAGAAGCUAGGUGCAGGAAAAAACUUUGGGUUUAUUGAAUUUAUAAGUGGAAUUUCUUAAAAUCAUGGUUUAAAAUCAACUAUGUUUACUCAAAUUACUUUUAUAGAGGAUUUGAAAAAAUUGAAGGAUGUUGAUAUUUUAGAAUAGUUUAAUAUAACACUAAGUGAUGAAGAUGAAGAAUCAAUUUCUGUUAAUAAUAACUCAGAUCAAUAAUAAAAAUUAUAAUUAAAAUAAUCACAAAAAGAGUUUGAUUCUAAUAAGAAUUCUUAAAAUAAUAUUUCAUAAAAAGUUGGUGAAAAUUGUAUUAGAAAGCAUAGUAUUUUUGUUAUAAAUAAACAAUCAUAGGAUAUAGAUGAUUAACAAAAUUUAUAGGACUCAAAUUCAGCAUAUAAGCCAGAAUAAAGUAAUGAAAAACUAAAUAUAAAUGGUUUCGAAGCUUUUUUAUAAAAUUCAAUAACUUUAUUGAAUGAUAAUCAAAGAAUUACUGUUAAGGAAUUUGAUAAAUGUAUGAAACAAGAGUCUGAAAAUUCAAAAAUUUCAGAAGAAAAAUUUGAUAGUAUGAAUACGAUCUCUUAGAAAAGGAAGCAACCACAUUAGACAACUAGCAAAAGCAUUAAAAAUAUAAGUUAUAGAUAAUUAUAAAGAGCAUCAUGUUUUUUUGAAAAUCUAAAUCAUGAUUAAAAUGACAAUUUUAAGUAAGAAAUGGAAUUGUAGGCAAAUGUUAAUUUGUAUAUGUAGCAGUAUUACCAAAAUAACUUUUAGGAAGAAAAAUAAAAUAAAUAAUUAGUGGUUAGUAAGUUAUCAAUCGAUUUACAAGAAAGCUUAAAGAGAGAAUAAUACAAAGAAAUUAUUUCAUAAAUUGAUAUUUUGUUUAAUAAAAUAAUAAGCUAUAAAGCUCUUUAAGAUAUCGCUCUCUAUAUUGAAGAAGAAUUUUAUUUACCUAAUCAAAAACUUAAGAUUGAUAACACUGACUAGUCGCUAUUAUUUAUCAUUUAAGGAGAGCAUGAUUAUUAAAAUUAAUUCGUGGAAAUUUAAACCAGUCAAGGAGAGGAAAAUGUACACGGUAGUGACAAUAAAAAGAAGCUAGGUGCAGGAAAAAACUUUGGGCUUAUUGAAUUUAUAAGUGGAAUUUCUAAAAAUCAUGGUUUAAAAUCAACUAUGUUUACUCAAAUUGUAAAAAUUAACAGAACAGAUUUCAUAAGAAUUAUUAAAGAAAAUGAUUAAGAAUAUUAAAAAUUUUGUGAAUUAAAGGAUAAAAUAUUAUUUUAUUCAAACUUUUAGGAUUUGAAUAUGAAAUGUAAUUUUUGCCAUUCUUUCUUUCACUAAGAUUUAAAUUGUAAAUUGGUUAACUUUGACAAGAAUCAAAUUUACAUUUCAUAAAGUGUAAACUAAUAAGAGACCUAGAAAAGAGUAUUUCAUUAGCGAAAUAAAAUAAAAAAUAUUAAUCCUUUAUAUAUUCAAUCUGUUAUUAAUCACAAUGCAUUGACUUUUAUAGAGGAUUUGAAAAAAUUGAAGUUUAUAGAUGUUUUAGAAUAGUUUAAUAUAACACUAAGCGAUGAAGAUGAAGAAUCAGUUUCUGAUAAUAAUAAUUCAGAUCAUUAAUAAAAAUUAUAACAAAAAUAAUCACAAAAAGAGCUUGAUUCUAAAAAGAAUUCUUAGAAUAACAUUUCAUAAAAAGGUGGAGAGAAUUGUAUCAGGAAGUAAAGCAUUUUUGUUAUAAAUAAGCAAUCAGCUUAGGAUUUAGAUGAUUAACAUAAUUAACAGGAGUCAAAUUCAGCAUAUAAGCAAGAAUAAAGUACUGAAAAACUUAAUUUAAAUGGUUUCGAAGCUUUUGUAUAAAAUUCAAUAACUCUAUUGAAUGAGAAUCAAAGAAUUACUGUUAAGGAAUUUGAUAAAUGUAUGAAGCAAGAGUCUGAAAAUACAAAAAUCUCAGAAGAAAAGUUUGAUAGUAUGAAUACGAACUCUUAGAAAAGGAAGCAACCACAUUAGACAACUAGCAAAAGCAUUAAAAAGAUAAGUUAUAGAUAAUUAUAAAGAGCAUCGUGUUUCUUUGAAAAUCUAAAUCAUGAUUAAAAUGACAAUUUUAAGUAAGAAAUGGAAAAAUUGAUGGAAAACUUCAAAUUAUUGAAUUAAACAAUAGCCAACAAUGGAAACAAUCAAAAAGAUUCUGCUUAUUUCUUAACCUAAGAAAGUAAUAUAAAAAAUAUAUAAAGUUGUUAAAGUUAAAUGAUGUAUUAUGAUUUUGACAUACUCAAAGAUUAUGCAAAGUAUUUUCCAUUAGGUAAUUCUAAAGAAGUUAUCUUCAGAUUAAAAAAUUAAAUAAAAAAAAAAUUUAAAAGAGCAAAUGUUAGCUUUUUAUUUUAAUAUAAAAUAUGA